UUUUGGGGGGGGAGAGAAGAAAUAAUGGAUGUGUUCUCGAUCCUAUGGCAGUUCCUGUGCAUGUGGGUUGUCAUCUAUGCAUUUGUAUUCCUCGUUAAAUUCUAUACAACCGAGAAAGAUGCCAAACGGAAACCUUAUCCCCCAUCAGCCAUCAGUCUUUUACCAACCUUCUCUACCGGUCAUGGAACUGACACCGACACUGACUGCGACUUUGAUGACGAUCGACGAAAUCCAAAUACCCCUCUAGUCGAACGAGAUCAGUGGUCUAUCAAACCAUUCCAGAUACGCUACACCACCCAAAACUUCAAUCGACUUUUUGCAAAAAUGACCCGUGCUGCACCACGAUUUUGGAACUGGUGGUUUACAAUUGGUACUCUGGUGGCCUGUGCUUUAAUGGUAGCAGGUGUAGUAGUGAUCGGAUUAGCAGCAUUUAGAAUCCUCAGUGGUCUUUACCACGCAAUCCUACCUGCACCUGAAACUAGUCAUCGAGUAAAAAGAGAUUUAGGAGAUGAUCAAGUGUUUUUACCAAUGAUACCGGGAGUAACACUUCCCAUGUCCCAUCUUGGAUAUUACCUGUUUGCAUUACUAUUCUGUGGUUUAAUUCACGAAGCUGGACAUGCAAUUGCAUCUUAUAGUGAGAAAGUUCCUAUUCAGAGUGCUGGUGUUUUUGUAUAUUAUCUCUAUCCAGGUGCAUUUGUCAAUGUACCUGACCAGCCCCUUCAAUUGCUUUCUCCUUUCCGCCAACUCAAGAUUGUGUGUGCCGGUGUGUGGCACAAUGCGAUUCUAUAUCUUUUGACACUUUUGUUUUUGUCGGGUGGUCUCAAGGCAGGCCUUCUGCUGUGUGGCUGGAAAACGUUAGAAGGUUUGGGAGGUGUGAGUGUAGUGGAUGUCAGAAGUCUGUCUCCACUUGCGACCCACCUAUCGACAUCUUCUGUAAUAUAUCGACUGGAUGAUCAUCCACUUGACAAUAAUAUAAUCGAUUGGAACGAUUUCUUACUCUUUGAUCAAGGAAGGCACAGACCCACUCAGGGAUUCUGUACAGAGAAAUAUCUUGACAAUCUUGGCCUUGAGUGUUGUGAAAUUAAUGAUGACACACCCUUUGGAAAAUCACCAAACGAAACCCUGUCAUGUUUCCAAGACUUUAAAUCAGCCUUGGAUCUUAAAAAGCCUGAGGAUCUUGUAUGCUUGCCUGCUCUAGAAAUACUUGCUUCUCGGGACAGAAAGAGGUGUACGAGUGACAAUGAAUGUGAAACCAAAUGUAUAACACCAUAUAUGCCCUCUACUGGUGGUCAAAUUGUACGGAUCUAUGCCAGGAUGCCUAGCUGGGUACAGGGACCUCCUGAAGAACUUGACAAGGUGUUUUUAUUUGAGGGUGAAUUGGUUGAUAUAUGGGAAAGUGUCAAGGUUGGAAUUCUACAGCCUCGAUUCUGGAUACUGCCUGCAUCUAUACCUCAUAUUCUAGAAUUAUUACUGAGAUACGUGUCGUCUUUUACUCUGGCCCUUGCCCUUCUCAAUAUCUUGCCUGCUUUCCGACUGGACGGAGAAUUUGCCUUGGGGCAAAUCCUUGUCUUGUUACUGCGCUCAAAUCAUGGUCCAGUAACGACCCGGACUGGGGACACCCAGCGCUACACCCGGGGUGUUCUUGCAGUAAUAGUUAAAGGAACUUCUAUUGUAGUUGGAUUUGUGAUCAUUGGUAGUAUCAUUCUGGGUGUAUUCAAUGGGCUUUCGGGAGACUUUUAA